AUGCGUGCAUUGGAGGAGUUCUAUGAGAAAAAUCAUCCCGAGUUCAUUGCUCUGCGAACGAAAUGCAAGGAAAUUCUUCAGGAGGAAGAAGAUCUUUCUGAGAUCGUACAGCUGGUCGGUAAGGCUUCACUGGCAGAAUCUGACAAAAUUACUCUCGAAGUUGCGAAACUCAUUAAGGACGACUUCCUCCAGCAGAACGGUUACACACCAUACGAUCGAUUCUGCCCGUUCUACAAGACCGUAGGUAUGCUUAAGAACAUGAUUGCAUUCUACGAUUUGGCUCGCCAUGCGGUUGAAUCCACGGCGCAGUCAGAAAACAAGGUAACGUGGGCAAUUAUCAGAGAUCACAUGGGAGAUCUUCUGUAUCAGCUUUCUUCGAUGAAGUUCAAGGAUCCCGUGAAAGAUGGUGAACAGAAAAUCAAAAAGGAAUAUGACGAUCUGUUAGAAGCAAUGCAGAACGCGUUCCGAAAUCUAGAAGACUAA